AUGGGCAAAGAGGAGCCGCAGGGGGCAGAGAGGAUCUCUGUGGGUCUCAGACAACAGUCCAAGGCUGGUGGACCACAUCCAGUCAGCUGGGCCAAGCAGCACAUGGAGUGAGUGCUGGGUCUGCCUCCAAACUCAGUGUCACAAGCAGAAUGCUGAUUGUGCUUGCUUGCUUGUAUCCACAGACACCUCCGGCUAAUUGCUGCUGACCAAAAAGAGAAAACCCUUGAAGCAAAGGUCUAUCUGAUGGUUGCGACCACCACGGCAACCCGUCACCUUUCCAGCCUCUCAGGCGCAAGAAGGUGCCUGACCUAA